GGCAAGGGGCCAGUUCGCGGCGGCGGAGGACGAGCGCCCGCUCGGGCUCAGGUCCCCGCAGCCGCCCCGCUCCGUACGCGUCACGGACGGAGCCAAGGCGCCUUUCCGAGGAGGUGGACCCGGCGCGCCCGUGCGCAUGGAGAGCUGCGGGGCGGGCGCGGAGCUCCAGGGCAGCAUGGCCGCCCUGCACACUGCCAAGCGAGCCCUGCGAGCGGAGCUCAAGCAGCGCCUGAAAGCGCUGAGCGAGGCGGAGAAGCUGCGCCAGUCGCGCAUGCUGCGCGCUAGGGUGAUGGGGCAUUCUCAGUUCCUUGCAUCCCAGCGCAUUGCAGUUUUCCUGAGCAUGCCAGAUGAAGUCCAGACAGAUGAAAUCAUUAAGGACAUUUUUCAGCAAGGCAAAGAAUGCUUCAUUCCACGGUACAAGCCUGGAGGCAACCACAUGGACAUGGUGAAGUUGGCCUCCUAUGAAGAAAUUGCCUGCCUCCCGCUGACUCCCUGGAACAUCCAUCAGCCUGCUGAGAAUGAUGUCAGGGAAGAAGCCUUGUCUGCACCAGAGGGUCUUGAUCUAAUCCUUAUGCCAGGACUUGGUUUUGAUAAAACUGGCAACCGACUGGGAAGAGGAAAAGGGUACUAUGAUACGUACCUCAGCAGGUGCAUGCUACAUCCCAGAGGAAAACCGUACACUAUUGCCUUGGCUUUCAAAGAACAACUAUGCGACAUGGUCCCUGUAUCCAAGGGUGAUGUGAAAGUUGACGAAAUUCUCUUUGAAAAUGGUGACUGUGAUUAAUGACUGAUCAGCAGCCUUUAAAAAAAAAUAAUGUAAAUCCACCCCAAAUGGUUAUGAUGGCAUUAACCUGCACAUGCGAAUGACCCGCCAAAGAUCACAAUACCUCAAACUCAGUUGGGUGUGCAAUAAAUUCUAUUUUCUUUUACACUUGACAACAGUUGAUGAUCUUAAUCUGUGCAUUGAUCUAAUGUGAGGAAAAGCUUGCCUUCUAUUUGUUUCAAUGGAAAGACUUUGCAUUUUCUGGAAUAUAAUUGAUCUCUGCUA